AUGAUAAAUAAAAAUAUUUUUAGCUCUGACCAGUCUUUAGAUUCGCCGAUAUAAAUUCGUGGAAAAAAAACCUAUGGUUUUAUCUAAAGGAUAUUUUGCUGUAAAUGCUUUGGAUGUUGUCAAGAAGAAGAUAAAAGUCUUCUCACAUCUAAUAAUAGAAAAGAUAUAUCGAAAAGAUUAAUUUCCUAAUUUAAAUCUGAAAAAGACAACGCAAUAGAAGAUCCUUUGUAAAUUCUUAUUAGACUCUACAUAGAUGAUGACAAAGAAACGAUAUUUUAGCUUCUUAAUAAAACAAGAAUUAAUCCAGAUUUAUCUGAAAAGCAUAUUUGGAGAGAUGACUUAGAGUUCUAUCUCCCUUAAAUUUGUAAUUUCUUCGUCUUUCACGAAGAACUUAAAAACGAUAGCCUCAAGGAAUUCCUAAAGAAGGCAGGUAAAAUAGACUUCUUCUUUGGUCAUAUGCUGUGCUUCUAUUUAAAAAGUGUUGCACAAACUGUAAACAAAAACUAGAUUCAAGACAUUCCAUAAGUAUGGAAUGUUUUAAAUGAGUUUUUCUCAAGUUUCGUAGAAUUUUAUUCUAGUAAGCAAUUAAUGUCUGCUGAAAUGGUUGAAAAUCUUGCUAUGGGAAAAAAAUACGCUGUGCCUUAUAAGCUGAAUAAAUCAAAUAAUGGAAAUUCAAAUGAAGCAAACAUGAAAAUAAAACAGGAAGUGAUUUCAUCUUAUGGAACUUCCUAUUAUUAAAGACAUAAGAUUAACAUUUUACCUGAAGACAUUUCAUUAUAAAAUUACAUUAACAUCCAGGAUUUUAUUUAGAUUAAAGAAAGAGUUGAAUCUAGCUAAGAAGUAGAAAACAUGGAUAAUGGUAUUCCACCCGAAAACCAAAAGCUGAAUAAAGAAACUGAAAUUAAUGGUAAUGGAAUGGAGCAUGACUUAAAUAAUGGUUUUUUAAGUACAAUUUAAUUUUUCAAUGACUUAAUGGACAUUUCUGAUAACUUGAAAUUUUCUGAUCCUAAAAUUGUAUCCUUACGUUAUGAAUUGUAAAAAAUAAAUUAGCAACUACCAGCUGCAGUUUAUGUACCUUUCUUUGCAAAUAAUUAUCGUAAUCAUGUUGUUUUGAACAUUGUCACAGAGGAAUGCAAAGUAUUUUCCACUAAGGAAAGAAGUCCUUUCUAUAUUUGCUUGGAGCUUUAUCGUUCAGAAGAACCCAGCAAAGUAGACUAAAACUCUCCUAUAAUUUAUACUUAGGAAAGAUUAAAAAACGGCGAUGUAAGAUAUAAGUGGAGCUAUGAUGAAAGACUCUCUUAGCCAUUAACUGUUAAUAAUUAAGAAUAUUAAUCUGUAGUAAAAGAUAUAGAAACUGGUAAUAAGCCUAAUUAAAAUACUAAAAAGAAUAUAGGAAACAGCAGUGAUUUCUUAAGUACAAAUGCUGCAUUACUUGAUAGGAAAUCAGAGAGUGACGAUUAACCUUAAGUAAUAAUGUAAUCUUUGAAAAGUGAAGUUGGAAAUCCAGAAACUAAAAAGACUUUAGAUAUUAGAACCUAAUCAAAAACACUGGAUGUCACAAAGCCUAAUUCAUAAAGCAUUGCCUAAAAUGGAAAUAGUAACAAUAAUAAGCUUACUAUUGGAUCCAGCAGACAUAGAUCAUUUGGAGAAAGCAUACAAAACGAAGAAGUUUCGGGUAUUUCUUGUGUUUAUGAAAAAGGUAUGAGAGUUCCUUCUCAUUAUAAUUUGAAGGAUUUAGCAUAGUAGAGUGCAAGUUAAAUAGAAUUAAAUAAUGAUCCCAACAAGAAUAUUUCCAUACCUUAAAAUAACAAAGAAAUAAAUAUAAAUAAUUCAAAUGAAUAUUCUGAAAGCAAUUUGAAUCAGACUAAUAGGAAUUAGAGCGAAUCGAUCCCAUAAUCUGUAGAGUCAAUCAAACCUUCCAAAAAAUAUAAUAAUUAAGUUUCAGAUGUUUUAGAUUUAAAUGACGAUAAGUUCAAAGGACUUAAAAAUUUGUUCGGAGAAGACUCCAGAGAUUAAGAAGCUAGAAUAAGAAAGCAUUCACCUUUUGGGCACUUCAAAAGCUGGAAACUUGUGCAUAUGAUAGUCAAAACUGGAGAUAAUAUAAAGCAGGAGUAAUUUGCCGUCCAGCUGAUAUACUAAUUUGAUUAGAUAUUUAAAAUGGAAGAGCUCGAUUUAAAAUUGACUCCUUAUGAAAUUGUAUCUCUUGGUCCUUAAAGUGGUAUCUUGGAGAUGGUAAAAAACUCAAUCACCUUAGAUGGUCUUCUCAAAUAAAUUCAUAGUUACAAAGAAAUUAAAGAUUUGCGUCACUUUUUCUAACUCUACUAUGGAAGCCAAUUUAAAAAAGCACAAUAUAACUUCUGUUCAUCUCUAGCUGCAUACAGCUUAGUCUGCUACUUCUUACAAAUUAAAGAUAGACAUAAUGGAAAUAUUCUUUUACACAAAAAUGGCCAUAUAAUACAUAUUGAUUUUGGAUUCUUUUUAUCAAAUGCUCCAGGAAAAGGUCUUUCAAUUGAAUAAAAUGUACCUUUUAAGCUUUUAAGUGAUUAUAUUUCAAUUCUUGGUGGUAUUGAAAGUGAUAUGUUCUAGACUUUCAGAAGGUUAUUCUUUUAGGGAUUCUAAGCAGCUUGCAAGCACCAAGAUAAAAUAUUAAUUUUAGUAAAAAUGCUUUACUCUGGACAUGGUUUAACUCUUCCUUGUUUUGAAAAAGGUGAGUAAUGCAUUCUCGAUUUAGAACAAAGAUUCAAUCCUCCAAAUAUAUCAAACGAUGGUGAACUUAGUAUGCAUUGUAAUAUGCUUAUCAACUAAUCUUUGGAUAACUGGAGAGCUAGAUGGUAUGAUAAGUGGUAAUAUUUUUGCUAGGGAAUCUUUUAUUGA